UCCAAGAAGAAGAAGUAGAAAGAGGCGGGGUGGAGAGCUCUAUUUCACCGCGUUUGCUCCUCGCUAAAUGUUUGCUUAGCUAGCCAGUACCAGUGUAUCUUGGAGAUAGCCCAGAAGACAAAGCUUGGUGCCGAAUAAGUGGAUGCAAUAAUCUGAAACGGCCUUGGCUCUACUCUCUAACGUUACACUAUGGCAGAGGCGGACAGACCGGGAAAACUGUUCAUUGGCGGUCUCAACACCGAGACCAACGAGAAGGCCUUGGAGCAGUACUUCAGCAAAUAUGGCAGGAUUGUUGAAGUUCUCUUGAUGAAAGAUCGUGAAACCAACAAAUCAAGAGGUUUUGCUUUUGUUACAUUCGAAAGUCCAGCCGACGCGAAGGAUGCAGCACGUGAGAUGAACGGCAAGUCCCUCGAUGGCAAGCCGAUCAAGGUGGAGCAGGCAACAAAGUCUCAGUUUGAAAGUGGAGGCAGGCGUGGACCGCCACCACCCAUGCACAACCGCAGCCGGGGUCCACCUAGAGGACCCAGAGGCUCCCGGGGAGCCCCCAGUGGCAUGAGGGGCCCUCCUUCCAGAGACUACUAUGAUAACCCAGGGAAUGUAGACCCCUUCUUUAAAGGGAUGUCAUCCAGAGGCCCCCCUCCCCUCAAGAGAGGGCCCCCAGUCCGCAACGGUGGCCCCCCACCCAAGAGGUCCGCACCGUCACCAAUGUCGGGUGACCGGGAUCCCUACGGGCCUCCACCCCCCCGCAGAGACUCCAUGUCCAGGAGAGAAGACUACCCGUCGCCGAGAGAUGACCACUACAAUUCCAAGGACAGCUACUCCAGUAGAGACUACAACUCCAGGGAUUCGAGGGACUAUGCACCCCCGUCCAGAGAUUAUUCUUACAGAGAGUACUCCAGUUCCAGCAACAGAGAUGACUACGGCUCAAUGUCGAGGGGAUACAAUGAGCGCGACGGCUAUGGCGGAGGUCGGGAGCCCAGGAGCUACAUGGAGCGCCCGAGUGGCGGCUCCUACCGAGACUCGUAUGAUGGUUACGGUAACUCUCGCAGUGCCCCACCCUCACGGGGCCCCCCGCCCUCCUAUGGUGGAAGCAGUCGCUAUGACGACUAUGGCAGCAGUUCCCGAGACGGCUAUGGCAGUCGUGACAGUUACCCGAGCAGUCGCAGCGAGCCCUAUCCGCCUAGCCGCGGGGAGCGCAGCAUGGGAAGGCCCGAGAGGGGCCCCCCUCCCCCGGUCGAGAGAGGCUACCCUCCUCGUGACUCGUACGCCGGCUCAAGUCGCGGAGCCCCCCGGGGGGCCCGCGGGGGCCCUCGGGUGGAUAGAGGAAUGGCCCGCAGCAGAUACUGAACACGAGGACAAUCGGAAUAAAUGCCACAACGUUCUUUUUCACUGUAAAGUUACAUGUGUUGUCGAGCAAAGUUUUGGAAUGGGCCGACAAAGUUGACCCCGUUGCCAUGUCUUAUUCUGUGGAGUAUGAGCUUGUCCACUGUCUUUCCUCCCACUUUUACCAUUAGUUUUUAGUUAAGUGUAAAACGUUUUUUAUAAAUAUACAUAUUAUUUCUGCUGCCAGUGUAAUGGUUCAGUCACAUGUUUUUAUUUUUUACAUAGAGCUGUGAAAAUCUGCUUUGCCCCUUAGUUGUUGCUUUCCUACAAUAAAGUUAUUGGCCAGA